AUGAAAGAGCAACUACAGAUUGCGGGAAGCCCAAAGAGGCGCUGGAUUUCCUCCGCUUGCAUCUCUUCUGUCUUUUGUUUCAUCCUCUUCAUCAAUUAUUCCUCCACAUGGCACAUCGGGAGGCUCUUCCCACCAGGAAAGGACUGCUCUUCGGUUCUCAAACCUGCACCAACUGGAGCCAAGUUCGAAUCUGGUUUUGACAUGAUGAAGAGCUGGGGACAACUGUCUCCUUACAAAGAUGCCGACUGGGGCGUUCCUAAUGGUGUUCCUAAAGGAGGACGGAGCGAGCUAUCUCAGGUCCAUGUUUUGCAUCGCCAUGCUCAACGAAAUCCAGUUAACAUGCCCAUGGAUGGUCAAAACAUUCAAUCGUUUUCUGCCAAGCUCAAUGGGACCAUCAGUGCCACUGGCCCACUGGAGUUUCUCAACGGAUGGCAGUAUAUCCUUGGUUCAGGCGCAGAAGAAUUGACAGCGUCAGGCGCUUCCACGGAAGCUACCGCGGGAUCCCGCUUUUGGCUUCAGUAUGGGAGACUUUUGUACCGUGCUACUCCUGAAGACCUGGUUGCAUGGAAUCGAUCUUUGAAUGUCUACCCCAAUGGUACGGUCCGUCCGCAGCCCUUGUUCCGGACAACCGACCAGUCACGCAUUUUAGAGAGUGCGCGUUGGUGGCUCAGUGGAUUCUUUGGCGAUAGAGGCGGUCAUGGUUCCUAUGACCAAUAUGACCUGCUUGUCAUUCCUGAGAAGCUUUUGUUCAAUAACACACUCGCGUCCUACUACUCAUGUCCAGGCUCACCAGACUCUCAAUGGCCUGGAGACGAAAUUGCCAAGCCCUUCAUUGAGCGGUAUACCAAGGACGCUCGCUCUCGUCUGGCGUCUUACUUGCCUCCAGAUUUUAACCUUACUGCUUCCGACGUACUCGCUAUGCAAACGCUUUGUGCUUACGAGUCAGCAAGUCUGGCUGGCUCGAACUUCUGCUCCCUUUUCACUGAACAGGAGUGGAAAGACUUUGCCUACAAUCUAGACCUCCAAUUUUAUGGAAAUUGGGGCAUUGCUUCACCCGUAGGCCGUGCCCGCGGCAUUGGUUACGUCCUGGAACUUGCCGCUCGCCUACAGGGGAAGCUUAUUCCUUCCAGUGAUACCAGCAUCAACUCCACUUACGAUAAUAACACCGACACAUUCCCCCUGGGGCAACCCUUCUAUGUGGACAUGUCUCACGACUCUAUUAUUAUAUCAGUGAUGACCGCUUUGAACCUUGACUAUUUCAAGUAUCCGAGCUUGACAGGAUUGCCUAAUGAUGUUGAUCACGCUCCAGACCGAACAUUCAGAAUCAGUGAUGCCACGCCUUUUGGUGCUCACUUCACUACCGAAGUCUGGACCUGCCCGGGUGAUGUUACCUUCGACUCAUUGGAUCCUGUCCUCUACUCAAACCCUAUUUCCGAAACGACAGAGGGCACCACCAAGUAUAUUCGUUUCAUGCUCAAUAACUCACCAUUGCCCCUUUCUGGUGUACUGGGGUGCGAAGAUUCCACAAAUGGCUUCUGCGCACUUGAUAAGUUCUUGUCCGGCAUCCCUGAGCUUGUCAACAGGGCGAAUUAUCGGGAGGCCUGCUAUGGGUACUAUCUCAACCACACUGACGCCCGUAUUGAUGCCCCCACCUAUUAG